UCAGUGGGAGUCCUCACCUGUGGGACUGUGCGUGUGAGCGUGCAGCCAUGCCGCAGCUGUCUGCGGGAGGUGCGGGGGACCCGGAGCUGUGCGCGACGGACGAGAUGAUCCCGUUCAAAGAUGAAGGAGAUCCGCACAAGGAGCAGAUCUUUGCGGAGCUCAGCCACUCGGAGGAGGAGGGGGACCUGGCGGACAUCAAGUCCUCCCUGGUGCACGAGUCCGAGAGCAGCCCCAACAGCAACAGCCACGACUGAAACAUCCAGACCUGUACGGUAAAGGCCACCCGUACCCGAGCUACCCGAGCUACAUCAUGAUGAGCAACAUGAGCAGCGACUCGUACAUGAACACGUGCUCUCUGUCUCCGCCCAUGGCCCGAACGUCUAACAAAGUUCCUGUUGUGCAGCCGUCCCAUGCGGUCCACCCCCUCACGCCGCUGAUCACGUACAGUGACGAGCACUUCUCGCCAGGCUCUCAUUCUGGUCAUCAUCCCCAAGACACCAACAACAAACAAGGAAUGGCCAGGCAUCAUCCUGGACCAGACAUGGCCAACUUCUACUCCCUGUCUCCUGGAGGAGUGGGGCAGAUCACGCCGCCGCUGGGAUGGUUUUCUCACCACAUGGUCCCGGGGCCCCCCGGCCCCCAUGCCACAGGGAUCCCCCACCCAGCUAUCGUCAACCCGCAGGUCAAACAGGAACCUCCUCAUGACAGCGACAUCAUGCACAUGAAAUCCCAGCACGAACAGAGAAAAGAGCAGGAGCCCAAAAGGCCGCACAUCAAGAAGCCGCUGAACGCCUUCAUGCUCUACAUGAAAGAGAUGCGAGCAAACGUCGUUGCAGAGUGCACGCUGAAAGAGAGCGCCGCCAUUAAUCAGAUCCUGGGACGAAGGUGGCAUGCUUUGUCCCGAGAGGAGCAAGCUAAGUAUUACGAGUUAGCUCGCAAAGAACGGCAGCUCCACAUGCAGCUGUACCCGGGCUGGUCCGCCAGAGACAAUUAUGGGAAGAAGAAGAAGCGGAAGAGGGAGAAGAUGCAGGAAUCGGCCCCAGCAGGAAAACGGAGCAACUUCUCCACAUGCAAAGCAAAGGCAGCAGACACUCUGCUAGAAAUGGAGGCCUGUUAGAUUCCACCAAGACCCUAAGAAGUUUCUGAAACAAGCCUCCGGCUCUCAGAGGACCCCCCCAUUCCUCCCUGACCCCCCCUCAACACAUUCAUGUGCUCACUGUUGGACUCCUCCCUUUCUGAAGGCUUCAGAGACACUGAACGAGACAAUCAGGAGUCUGGAGGAGCGCCCUGACGUAACCUCACCCUCACACCAAAACUCCUGGCAUUGACCCCCCCCCACUGAUCUGUCAUUUCCCUUCAAUUAUUAGCUUUACUGCAAUCUGAGGGCACUGCACUGAAAACCAGACUGCUUCCCCGCACCGCCCAACACCCGUCACUAAGUUAUUCUAAGUUAUUUGUCUCUUUCUGUAAAGUUCAUAAGGCUGACUUCAAUCUCCCCCCCCCCC